UGUCACGACAGAGAUCUGACAGUGACAGCGUUAUAUCGCUUUAAUUGGCACCUCAAGAGACAGAAGAAGAAGAAGAGGAAAGAUUGGCGGAUUCCAAACCCAAAACACUAAACCGUAUUUUAAUUGCUUACUUUGAGUUCCGUUUCCUUCUGCUCCAACUUCCAACGACACACUCUCUCUCUCUUCCUAAACUCUGAUCCAACAAAGAAGAUAAAACGGUCUGUCUUCAAAGAACAUCAACAGCAUCGAACAUGGGAAGAUCUCCGGCUUCUUCUUGUCUCCGCAUCAUCGCUUGCGCCGGUGGUGACGAUGCCACCGAACCUACGGCGAACAAGAGCUCGCGUGGAUGGAGUUUCAGGAAGAAAUCUGGGAAAAAUCGAGGGUUGAUCACUAGUGUUGUCUCUGAUACAACUCCUGCUUCUAGGACUAGAGAAACUCUUGAAUCCGCUCUCCUCAACUCUCCAUCUCCUGACAAUAACAUUCUCUCUGAAAAGCACGCUUUCUCUGUUGAUGAUGAUGAGAAGACGAAGAAGAGCCAGUUACCUGUUACCUAUGUGGCUGAACCUGUGGAUGAGAAGAAAAAACAAUCCGCUGAGGAUAAAACAACGGAGUUGCCUGUUCUUGUGGAAUCGAAGGGGACUGAGACUGAGGAGGAUGAUUUGAUUGGAACUGAGCUGGAACCUAAGCUGGAAGGAGCAAAUGCUGCUGAUGCAAUUCUGAUAGAGAAAGACACUACUCCCGAGGUUGAACCAGAAGCAUCUGAAGCCGAUGAUGUGAUGAUCAUUACCAGAAAAGAAAGUGAUGAAGAAGUUGAUGAUUCUGUUAUCAUUAUCAUCCAAGCUGCCAUACGUGGCUUUUUGGCGCGAAAAGAGCUUUUGAGGCGGAAGAAAGUUGUUAAACUUCAAGCUGCCUUUCGUGGCCACCUGGUUAGGAACCAGGCAAUGGGAUCGCUGCGCUGUGUCCAAGCUAUUGUCAAAAUGCAGACGCUGGUCCGUGCUCGCCAUUCCACCAAAGAUGUUAGCCGUGUAUCAGCAAUCUCGUUUCAGGAUAAGGCGGAAACAAAUGCAGCAACACAAAAGCUUCUUGAAAACAAGUUUGCUAAACACCUAAUGGAGUCAACUCCCAAGACGAAGCCUAUCAGCAUUAAAUGUGAUCCAACAAAACCUAGUUCCGCGUGGACCUGGUUGGAGAGGUGGAUGUCUGUUUCCAACCCUGAGAAGACUUCGAAAUCUGAUAUGGAAACGGAAGAGCAACAGUCGGAAGGAACCAAAUCAUCUCAAGCUGACGUGGUGAACUCUGACUCAACCUUAGAGACCGAAGCUGAAACUGGUCUCUCAAGUAAGGUAGCAGCUCAUCCUGUUGAGCUAUCUGAGACAGAGAAAAUGAGCCAAUAUGAUUCACCAGAAGCAUCUGCGGAGGCUGAUCGUGACUUGAUCCAGUCUCAUCCACUUGCUGCAAAGGAUCCAGAGGCUUUGCUCGAAGAGGAUGAUCAGCCUAAACCUUCUUUGAAUCGUAAGGCAAGCAACCCUUCAUUCAUUGCCGCGCAGUCGAAGUUUGAGGAACUUACUGCAUCCACUGGUUCCAGCAAAGCAUUGGUGCUUUCUUCUAAAGAUGGUGUUUUAGGUGAAGAAGGCAAAACAGAUAAAGAUCCAUCAGAGGCUAACACUACGAGCACGAAAAAGGACCAGUCUCUGGAAGAUGUUGCUCUCGGUGGAUCUGAGUGCGGCACCGAACUCUCUGUAACUUCUUCCCUUGAUUCACUUGACAAGAAGUCAGACAUUGAAAGUGCAGAGCCCAAGGUUGAAUCUAAGCUUCUAGAGAACGGCACUCCCAAAACAGACCAAGCAGAGUUGAUAGAAAUUGAUGUGAAAGCUGAAACUCCAUUGGCUAUUGUUGAGGACCGUAGGGAGGAUGAAGUUGAGGUUUCAGUAAUACAGAAUGAAUCAGUUAUUAGUACACCAGAUUCCAAAAAAAGACAGGCAGAAGAUGGAACAGGACUUCAAGCUUUAACUCCGAUGUCAGUCACUGAAUCUCAGGCAACACCGGCAAGUCAAGCGUCAUCUUCAGUUAAAGCAAGAAAGGAAAAAUCCGGCAAGAGUGGUUCAAGCCAAAAGAGGAAAGUUAGCAAGAAAAUAACAUCAACUCCUCCCAAACAGGAAACUGGUAACGGUGAGGGUAAGAAUGUGAGAGAACAAGAAGAAGGGAAAGAACAGAAAAGCGGGAGAAGAAACUCUUUUGGUAAUGAUCAAGAAGCAAGAGAGAGCAGCGGAGGCAAGAACUCUCUUCCCAGGUUCAUGCAGCCAACACAGUCGGCAAAACUUAAGGUUCAAGAACAUAACUCACCAAGAUCAAGCCCUGAUCUUCAGGAAAGAGACGUUUCCGUCAAGAAGAGACAUUCGCUGCCUGUUGGUGCCAAUGGGAAACAAGGCUCUUCUCCUAGAAUCCAACGGUCUGCGUCUCAAGCACAACCGGGAGCAAAGGAGAGAAAAUGGCAGAGAUGAAGCUGAAGGGAGUGAAAUGGGAAAAGGAAAAUGUUAGGGGAGUAUUUGAUGAUUGGUAUGUUUGUUUUCAGACAAUCCUUGACUCUAAUUGCAGACAAACUAAGUGACAGAUGAAGAACGGAGAAUGGAGAAGGAUAGUCUUUUGUACAGAAUCGUUUUCUUUUCUUCUUUCAAAAAAAUGUUUUAUUUGUGUGGUUAUUUGGAUUAUUUGGUUUGUUGUUUUAUUGGGACAUAACCUGCUCAACUGAAAGUCGUGCUAUAGAUUAUUUUUUUUUUAAUAUAUUUUUCACAGAAAA